UAAAAGUAUCGACUUGCCAGUCAUUUCCUUAUAAAUCAUUGUGUCGGUAUGGAGGAAUAUCCUUAUCCGAUCGUUGUGGAGGGGGACUGGAAUCCUGAACAUGCAAAAAGUUUAAAAAAUAAACUCCAUAUUUACUUUCAAAGUAAGAAGAAAUCUCAGGGAGGAGACUGCGUCGUACAAGUCAAUGAAAACAGCAGCGCUGCUACAGUUCGGUUUAAAUCAUCUGAGAUUCGAGAUGGUGUCCUCUCCAAAACGAAUCAUGUGCUUACAUUUGGCAAAGACAAUGUAAAUUUAAAAGUGAGCAAACCCAGCGAUGCAGCGAAAGAGCCUGACAGCACCCCACAGCUGAAUGAGCAGGCAUCUGGAUAUAAAGAACAUAUACAAAGUACCCCACCAACUGAAAGUGAUCCAGAUGUAAAGAACCUUGAAGAGUUAUAUGCUGUAGUUCUGGAGAAUGUUGCAGAUGACUUCACACAAGAUGUUUUGUCUCUUUUGGUGGAAAAUGUCAGUGGACUCUUGGAAAAGGACUUUAGCAUGGAACUAAUACCAGAAUUAAAGACAGCAGUUGUGACCUUUAAUAUUCCCCGUGUUGCAGGAAAGUUUCUUGAGGAAAGUAAGACACACAAAACAUUCAAGGACUAUGGUCUGAAGGCCCUUGCGCUGGAGAGGAGCACAUGUAUAAGAGUGGAGAAGCUACCAUCUGAUGCCAAUAAGUUGCUGCUGGAGUUGUAUUUUCAAAAAUGGGGUGGUCCGAUAGAAGAAACCAUCACAUUGCCAAUGGAGCAAGCGGCCAUUAUAACGUUUAAGAAUGAAAAAGACAUGGAAAAGGUGAGGAAGAUGGAGCAUACCAUCGGUGAUGUUCCAGUCAAGAUCCACCCCUACUAUAAAUCCCUAGGAACAGCCUUGUAUGGCAGCAACAGACCAACAUGGAAACUACCUGAACCAUUUAAACUCAAUAUACAUCCUGCCAUCAGGGAGUUCCUCCUCAAGAAAAAGCUCAUUUCCUCUAUCAGUGAUAAGAUGAGCUCACAUUUCUGUAAAAUAAACUUAGACAAACCUGAAGUUCAGCUCAGUCCAGAUCCAGCAUUGCUAAAACAGAAAGGUUUAACCAGAAAACAUGUUGAUGGUUGGAGAAAGAAUGCCUCAGAGGCCUUUGAAAGCAUUAUAUCCAACUAUAAAGCAUUUGAGUUGCCAGUAUUGUACCCCUUGUGGACCAAAGUGGAGAAUGAAAUAAAGGAAAUGGUGAAAGAUCUGGUUUUUACACAUAUGGAUUCAUCUAAAGGGGUCCUAACAGUAGCAGGUUUGGCCAAUGAUGUAAAUGAACUGAGACCACGCCUGGAGGAAAUGUUAGAGCGAGCAUCAGCUCAAAUGGAGAGAGAGAAGAAUAGUUUAACAGAAGACAUAGAGAUGACACCUGGCAUGUACUCCCUGCUUCUACAAGACGGUCUGCAAACCGCUACAGCUGCUUCUCCACAACUGCGCCUUGAUUACAACAAGAAAAUGAACAAAUUACAUUUAUCAGGUGUUAAAACUGAAAUUCUCGCCUUCAAGAAUUGGGUCCUUGAAAAGAAAUUAAAUAUUAAACAGACACCUUUAAAGAUUGAUCGUUCAUUACUGGAGUUCUUGAGAUCGGUGGAUUGUGAUGAGAUGUCCAAAGAUCUGUUUGUGUCUCAUGGAAUAAGUGCUGUAUACACGGAAGAAAAUGGAGAUCUUGUUUUGAUUGGAAGCACAGACCGAGCACUUUCUGAGGCACAGGAGAGGUUGAAUGUGGUUCUUCAAACUAAACACAUCAUUGUAGAAGAUCAGGGUGUGCUUGCAUUGCCACAGUGGCAUGAUCUCUUUAAACAAGUGCAAAGUUUGUACAGCACAUCCAAAAAGAGGACAGUGUUGAUAAACACAACACAAAGAGACAAAGUAAUAGUGUCUGGAUUUAAAGAACCAGUGAUAGAGAUCAGCCAGACAUUAGGAGACUUUAUUGAGAAACACACUAAAAUUGAAGAGGAUGUUCGUGUGAAGUCACAUGCAGUGGUUGAAUUCAUAAAAGAAAGAAAGUCACAGGACUGGCAGUGUUUUCUGAAGUCUGAUAAAGUGACGGUGCAUUUUGAUUUAAAGAGACCCCGGAUCAAAGUCUCUGGAGAGCGAAUGUUUGUCCAGCCGGCUAUGACCUUUAUCAAAAAGAUGUCAGAUGCUCUCUACACUGACACACUGAUCAUUAAAAAGGCAGGAGCAAAGAAAUACUUCAAGGAGCAAGGUCAACUAAUGCUGUCAAUGUUACUGAGGGGAAGUGGAUUUGUGGUUGUGCUCCAGGAAGAUCACAUACUGGAAGAGGAGGAGCAGGAUUACAAGAAGGGUAGUUUUGAAGAUUUUGUGGGGUCCUGUGAGGUUCAGAUGCUGUGUGGAGUAACCGUUAUAGUCAGAAAGGCAGACAUUUGCACGCUAAAAGUUGAUGCUGUGGUGAACGCAGCUAAUGAAGAUCUGCAGCACAUUGGUGAAUUAGCCCUGGCACUUCUUCAAGCUGCUGGACCAGAUCUGCAGGACUGCUGUAACAGGUACAUUAAAAUGAAUGGACGUUUGAGGCCUGGAGAUGCCAUCAUCACUGAGGCUGGUCGUCUUCCCUGUAAAUAUGUAGUGCAUGCUGUUGGACCUCGAUAUAACAGUUCAGACAAACCUGGUGUAAUGAAACAUUUAAGAUGUGCUGUGAGGGAAAGUUUAAAUCUGGCUUCAGGCAAACACUGCUCUUCCAUUGCAAUUCCUGUUAUCAGCUCAGGGAUAUUUGGCUGUCCACUGGAACUAUGCACAGAAACAAUUGCCAGGGUGGUGCAGGAGUUCAUUAAUGAUCAGUACCGCAUUGGCUCACGAAGUAAACUUACUGAGAUUCACUUGGUUGAUAAUAAUGACAGCACGGUGAAUGCCAUGGCUCAAGCCGUCAGGAAGCACUUUGGUGAUAUCAGCCCCAAAAUGAAUGUCCUCCACCACAGUAAUCCCAGUGCGCAUGACAGCUCUGGAGACAGGUCAGGAUGUGGUCAGGGCAAUCAUGGGCCUGGAGAUCAUGGACACAGAGGCCAAGAGUUUGGAAAUCACAAUUAUGAAUCAAAAAACCAUGAUAAUAGAGACUUUGAAAGACGAGCACAAUGGAAAGAAGAAAUCAACUAUUUUGGUGGCAGAUUAGAAUCGUUUGAUGUGUCAAGUGUUCUUGAGACCAAAACUACACAAGGUGGACUAAAACCCAUUCUGAGCAAAGGGAACAUCCAGGAUGCAAAGACUGAUGUCAUUGUAAACACUAUAUCAGAAGACCUGGACCUCAGUAAAGGUGCCAUUUCCAAGGCGCUCCUUCAGGCUGCCGGUCAUCAACUCCAGAUAGAGAUCACUACAGCUGUUCAUGCAAGCAAGCUGAAUUAUGGAGAUAUUGUCAUAACAGGUGGUUAUAGCCUGAAAUGUGCAAAAGUCUUCCAUGUAGUUUGCCCACGUUGGGGAGGUUCAGAAGACACGGUACUCGGUCUGAUCAUUAAAGAUUGUCUGAAAAAAGCAGAUGCUCUGCAGAUGGCUUCAGUCUCAUUCCCAGCUAUUGGUACUGGAAACCUUGGCUUUCCUAAGGAUGUGGUGGCCAGGAUCAUACUGAGCGAAGUCCAGGAAUUCACCCCUCAAAACCUCAAAGAAAUAACUGUGAUUGUGCACCCAUCUGACAAACAAAGUUUAGAUUGCUUUACCAGAAUAUUCAGACUUCAGAGUCCCAUCACAAAAGGAGCAUCUCAACACUCAAUCCCUGAAGCAAAACCUUUGGACAAGUCAACACAGAUGUCAGGGUUCCUUGGCAAAAUAUCCACUCCCUCUCUUGGGGUGAUCACAAUGCAAGUUGGUCAAGUGAUGCUGGAGGUUUCAUCAGGAGACAUAACUAAAGAAAGAACAGAUGUCAUUGUCAACUCCUCAAAUCACACAUUUUCUUUGAAAACAGGAGUAUCAAAGGCAAUUUUAGAUGCUGCUGGAUUACAAGUGGAACAGGAAUGUUUACAGAUUGCUGCAACAAAUAACCAGCAAACAGAGAUUGUGACUUCAGCUGGGCAGCUCCCAUGUGGAAACAUUAUCCAUAUUAUUGGACGUAAUAAACCAUCUGAAAUAAAAGAUGUUGUGUUAUCUGUUCUUAAGAUAUGUGACGCAAAACAACUGUCCUCUGUAGCCUUCCCCGCUCUUGGCACAGGUCAGGGUGGAGCAAACCCAGCCGUUGUUGCAGAUGCAAUGGUUGAUGCGGUUGUUGACUUUGUGAAGAAAAAGAAAACAGCAAAUGUGAAGCUUGUGAAGUUCCUCAUAUUUCAGACGAACAUGGUGGCAGACUUCAAACAAAGCAUGCUCAAACGAUCGGGUGAAAAAGUGGAGGAGGAAAAAGGCUUUGUAGACAAGUUUAAAAGCUGGACGAAAGAAACUUUUGGGUGGGGCAAUUCAGAAUCUACCAGAAAUGAAGAGUUUGUAAUAGUGGUUGAAGACAUUGAACCAGCCGUGUUCCAGCUGUGUGGAGAGACACCAAAGGACUUAAAUAAAGCCAGGGACAUGAUCAACAGCCUGAUAAUAAGAGAAUAUGUAAACAUUCCAAUCCGUGAUCCGGCUAUUGGUCAUUUCACCAGAGAGGAUGCAGAAAUGCUGAACGCAAUGCAGAGAGAGCUCACAGUAAGCAUGAAGCUUGAUAGAAAAGACCAAGACCCUGUCAUCAGAUUGGAGGGACUGACGAGAGAUGUCCACAUUGCUGAGAGUCGCAUUCGGGACAUGAUCCGUAAGGUGGAAAGGAUUGAAAACAGAAGACGUGAGGCAUUUAUGGUCAACAGCUUGGUUGAGUGGAAAUAUCUGGCGAGUGGGCAGAACCUGAAAAGCUUUGACAUUUUCACCAAUUUUGACCUGGAAAAUGCCUUUCAGAGCAAAAACACCUCUGUGAAAAUCACAAUUGAUAAUGAAGAAUACAUGGCCGACUUAGUUAAUCUACAGGCCACAAGAGGGAGUAGGCAGAUUGAAUUACAAAGAGUAGAUUUGUCAGAUGCUUUGCCUUCAAACUGGGAUGACAUGAAGGACAAGUCAGUUGUUCUGGUAAAUCUCACAACAACUUCAAAUGAAUAUGCAGACGUGGAGAAAGAGUUCAGGAGAACCGGCUUGACCUUUAACAUAAUUCAAAUUGAAAGAGUACAAAACAGCACACUUUGGAAAAACUACAUGAUCAAAAAGGAAGAACUGGAAGCAAAGAACAACCAUAAAAACAACGAGAAGCUCCUCUUCCACGGCACUGCUCCUGAUAAGACUGAUCACAUUAACCAUCAUGGCUUCAAUCGAAGCUACGCUGGGAUGAAUGGAGCCAUGUAUGGGAAUGGUACAUAUUUUGCUGUGGACCCAAGUUACUCAGCCCGAGGCUACUCUAAACCUGACGCCAGUGGACACAAACGCAUGUACCUGGCCAGGGUGCUUGUUGGCGACUUCACUCAGGGAAAAUCAGGCAUGCUUGUUCCUCCUGCAAAGAGCUCCAUAAGUGCUGAUCUCUAUAACAGUGUGACUGAUAACACAAACAACCCUACCAUGUUUGUAAUAUUCAAUGACGUACAGGCUUACCCAGAAUACCUUAUCACAUUCAAGUAGAGAUUUAGAGUAUCACUGAAUAUUUGUUUAAUGGUAUUGAUUAGAAAAUAGUAAACACAGGGAAAAAUUUAUGUUGUAUACUAACAAUUUUAUUUUGGGAAAAUAAUGACACUGAAGGCUGUGGCAACUUGCUUAUACAAAAACUGAAAUAUAAUCCUGAGAAAAGUUUUCUAGCUGCUAUAAACAUUUUAACCGGAUGCACGUGCGGUGCGGUGAUGUGAUUACGCUUCUGCGGGGAACUUUACUUCUGGUUUCUGUUUGUUUAAUGGUCUGACUAGUUGCUAAUUUGAACUCUUGAACAAAUACCUCAUUAACUCUUUCGCCGCCAGCAUUUUUUUUAAAAAGUUGCCAGCCACCGCCAGCGUUUUUCAUGAUUUUCACAAAAGUUUAAUGCCUUCCAGAAAAUGUUCUUCUUUAAAUAUACAAUAUUAACAUAGACUCUCUGCUUUCAAACAAACAAAAAACGUUUCAUCCUACACUGUAAAAAAAUUC